GAAACCAUUAUCUUCUGUAUGUCUGUUCAUAUAAUACAUAAUAGUACUAAGCAGGUUUCAAGCUUUAAUCUGUAAAACUACAUGAAGUUCCCCUCUUUAUAUUUCUUCUAACGUCGUGUUGUAUUAACUUACACUUGGCUGUUUUCUGUGCCAACAUUACUUCGACGUUUUGUUAAAUGGUUUCGUCUAAAACGUUUUAGUCUUUUUCUUUAUUUGAAUGUUUCGUUUGCUUUGUGACCGUGGACCGAAAACUCGUUAUUGUAUAUGAAAUGAAAAUGAAAUAAGAAUUUAAUUACAACAAUUGUAAUAGCCCCUUUCAUUUUAACAUAAUUUAACUGAAUAGUUUUUGAGAUAAUUAAGGGUAAAGUCUGCUCAAAUUGCAUAGAGACGCUUUGAUAUUUUAGUCAUAUUCAAUAUUUUAUUUUGAAAAAUCUAUGACAGGCUACAAAGAUCUUCCAAUGGAUUCUUGUUCCUCAUGUCAUUUAAUCGAAAUUCAGUUACAAAAACAUGUACAUCUAAUUCAUUCAAGUGUACAGACAUGUUCAAGAUAAGGGACAUCUACUGUAUAGAUCAAGUAUGAAUAUUGGGAAUAACAUAAUUGAACAACUACUGUCAAUAUAAAACAAACAAUGAAACCAAGAAAGAAAACAUCAGGAGGGGUCUUCUCAUUUGGAGGCUACAAAUUCAAAUGAUAAAGUAAUGUUUUUGUAUUAUUUCUCUUUUGUGAGCUUUUACAUUUUCAAGAGAGGCUGAAUAAAUAUGUUUUCAAAUCUUUACUUUUAAAAUGAUAUAAAAGGAGGGUCGUUUGUUAAGCCAUUUUAUUUCUUUAAGUAGGCCUAAUACUUAAAAAAAUAAAAUUAGAAAUAAAUAAGUUAAGAUUUGUUUGCUCUGAAAUUAGACUGCAGAAAAUUAGGAGUAUAUCUAUUUUUGGAAUUUUUGGUAUUUUUAGCUUUGGAUUGCUGUUUCAGUUUGUCUUUGUUGUAUCUGUCCCUAUCAAAUAAAAAAUACAGAAAUAAGUUAGGCAAGUGAAUGCAAUACGCUUUGCAGUACACACAAAAAAAAGGGCUGUCAAAGGAUUAACACAUUUUAACUGUAAUUAAUCUCUUUAUUUUAAUAGUUAAUCAGGAUUAAUCGAACUUUAAUCACAUGUUUGAAAUUCUAUAAUUUUGCAUUUAAAAAUAGAAAUCGUUUUUCAAAUAAUAUUUAAAAUGCUUAAAUUGUUUUAAGCUGUGAGUUAUUUACCUGCUCAUUGAAUUCAACCCUGCUUUACUUUUAGAAGUAUGGACCUUCUGCUAGAUCGAAGGUUAACACUUUAACUUAAAAACAUUUUUUAAAAAAGGAACUCGUUAAGGAUCCAAAACUGAAGGAAAAAAGGUCUAAAGAAACGGUAUCAAAGGAAAAUGUUUGAUGUCAUAACGUGGAUAUUACUUCUGACUCGUGAGAGCUCGCUGCCUGAGAAUUUUUAUAAGUGAAAUGAGACGUUCAAAGACGCAGCAGUGUCCUUCUUUUCCAUCACAGAGACUACAGGGAGACACUGCAGAGGCGUAUCCACGCUGCGCCUAAAGGGACGAAAUAGAAUCUGAAAAAAGAGACGCAGACAAGAUCAGCGUCAGAAGUACGGGAAAUCCUCGACUCCGUUUGAGACAUGGAGUCUGUCACACUUCAGAGAAGCAACCAAUCUGAACAGUGUGAUGAAACCGACGCUCACCCAGGCGAUUACAAGACGCACAUUCACACUGAAGAGAAACCAUACCAGUGUCAGCAUUGUGAGAAGACUUUCAGCGUCUUGUGUUAUUACAAGAGGCAUCAGCUUAUCCACGCCAAAGAGAAGCCGUAUCAGUGUGAUCAGUGCGGGAGCUCUUUCAGUUUCUUGUGUACUUACACGGAGCAUCAGCGCAUCCACACCGGAGAGAAGCCUUACCAGUGUGAGCUGUGUGAGAAGGGUUUCAGUACGCUGAGAAAUUACAAGAGACACAUGGGAAUCCACAGCGGAGAAGAGAAGCCCCACUGCUGCGACCAAUGUGGGAAGAGUUUCCGUUUCGUCAGCGAUUUCAAGAGACACAUGAAAAGCCACACCGGAGAGAGGCCGUACCAGUGUGAACUUUGCGGGAAGAGACUCUGUUUCCUCGCUGAUUACAAGAGGCACAUGCGCAUCCACACGGGAGAAAAGCCGUACCAGUGUGACCAGUGCGAGAAGAGCUUUGGUUGCGGAAGUCACUUCAAAAAGCACAUGCGUAUCCACACCGGAGAGAAGCCGUACCGGUGUGUGUACUGUGAAAAACAAUUCGCUAAUUCCAGUAACUGUACCAAACACCUGCGCACGCACACGGGCGAGAAACCGUAUCAGUGUGAACAAUGUGGGAAGAAAUACGCUCACAUAAGUAGUUACCAUGAACACGUGCGCUGCCACACCGGAGAGAAACCGUACUGGUGUUCUGCAUGUAAAAAGUUGUUUGCCAGGUCCAGCUCCUUGAGGACACAUCGCUGUAUUAAUGUUGACAGAGAGACGGACUGUGGAAGUGGAAGUGUCCCAUCAUCCAGCUCAGAGUGAUGACGGCAGAGCCCACAAAUGGGGAUGCUGGAAUUAUUAUGCUGAUAAAAAUAAUUUAAAAAAAGAAGGCAUAACAUGUUCUCCAUCUUAUCUUAAAAUCAUUUUCAGACCUUCAUUGAUAGGCUGCCAAGAAUGGUUCAUCUACUGUGAAGAAAGUUGUUUGUUAGGUAUUAAAUAAUUCUGUACAAGCAUUGCAUAGACUGGCAUUCUUACCUUUACCAGAUCCAGGAUGUUACACCGAACUUCCACCAGAUAUGUGUGCAUUGCGCGUCCGCUCCAGUCCAUUACAGCUCCGUGCACCCUCAGCCGUCAACACCCACCAGCUGCGUUCUCAGCUCAGUCUUAGUGCCGAGACCUGCAGUAUCCUGCAGUAUUCUUACAGAUUCACUCGCGGCAGCCCGAGAUAAUACGAUGUAUGUGGUAUGAAACUCUAUAUAUAAACACAUUUUGUUUUUGUCACUGUUUUAUUCUGAAAA